UUUGAAAUGUUUUACAUAAAUGAUUCAAAGUGAGGUUUCCCGCUGAAAACAAAACUGUAAAACUUAUUCACGCGUGAAUCGAAUAGUUGUCACUCUCUCCACCGUUUUAUCAAUAAUAAAUAGCAUUAGCGGAAAUAAGAUUAUUUCGGAUUUAUCCUGCAAGAACGUCAAGGCAGGAGAGUAAAUGAUGAGGCUUACUUAAAAUAGACUGUAGAAAAUAUGAAUAUUUCAAAUUUUCUGAUAAUCCUUUCUGUGCGCUAUCUUAUAGUUGUUUGCGAAAAUGAAGAGCAGUGAGAAUCAAACAGCAUCUAGCGUGGUAGGCAAAACUGAUGAAUUCGUGUUCAUUCCGGGUAGAGAUCAAGUCAUGUCUGGAAGGUUUAGACUUCGCUAUAAUACAUGCAGAAACGAAUAUUACAUGGGAGGCAUAGAAACGUUCUCCACACAGAAGAAAGCAUAUGCAUGUGGUUGGAACUCAGUAGUGUACUCCUAUGAAAAUAUACACCGAGUGAUCGAUAGCACGUGCGACGAGGCAUAUCUGGAACGAACAAACCAUGCGCAAAAUGCUAGAGUUUGUUGGAAAUUUGAUUUCACAACAACAGGGCUUGUGUUAGACAAGGUAAACAUGAAAAUGCCAUUUGAAGAAAAAGUUGGUGGCCAAGUGGCAGUGUGUGUAUCUGGAGAUACUGGAAUGAAAUGGGAACCCUACUAUUCUGCUGGAACUUUCGUCUCAAUGAAAAGCCUCAGUGGCUCGCAAACGCUAAUGAUAGCAGUGAAUCUCAUUGGCGAGGACGAAGGGCAAAUCACUCGAAUUAUGACACAGCCAUUAUCAAAGGAGGACUUCGAUUGUCCAUUCGAUGUUCAAAUACGACUGCAGCGACCAGAUUUCACGCUUGGACGUAGUUUGUUGUUUCUGGGACUAAUGUUCAGUAACAACGAGAAUAACUCACACAAGAACAGCAGAAAAUCACAGACACCUGUCACUGAAGGUUGCGUGCAUAUACAUGUGCAGAACGCCAAGAGGUUACCUUGUCGAAGAAAUGGGAGUUACGCUGAACCGAAAGUUAAAUGUACAAUACACAGCGAUAAAAACACGUUACCAGUAAAAACAAAAGCACACCCCAAAACAUUGAAUCCCAACUGGAAUGAGUUUUUAGUGAUACCGGAUGUCAGUAUGGCCACCUUACAUCGUUCGAGGUUAGACAUUCAAAUCAAACAUUCGAAACGGUUAUUAAAACGUUCGAAAGAAGUACUUGGUUAUGUCAGUUUAAAACAGCAUCAGAUUUUAAUGUACGAUGGCUUGAUAGAGAAACAAACGCAAAACCAGGCUAAUAAUAGUGUCGCCGAUAUACGUGACCCAAGUGUGUCAGUUAUGUCACUUACAAAGACAGACAUCACCGAAAAUAAUGGAGAUACGAAGCAAACUGUAGCAAAUGAUGGAGAAAACCAACAACACAGUGUAGAAUUUAAGGGAGAUAUCCAACCACAAUUCAGUCAAUAUGUUUCCACAGACAGUAAUAAUAACGACAGUAAUAACGUUGUCGAUACUCCAUUUGACGACGACGUAGAAAAUAUAACGUUCAGAAAUAGUUACUAUCGCGACAUUCUAAAAGACGCCAACCAGCAAAACAAUGAUGAUGAUGAUGCUGAAGAUGACACAUUCGAGAUUCUUCCUUCCGCGGAAGAAAUCGAAAGACAGGACAAGUAUAUUGAAAUAGAAAAUAUCAACAUAACCGAGUCUGAAACAGACUCUUCGAUAUCGGAAACAAAACUUUCAAAGCGAAGAACAAUAAGUGUGGACAACAGUGUGAUUUACUCGCAUAAAAACUACAAAUUACGACCUCUCGAAACUUUCUCCGAAAACCCUACGGAAAACGACACGCAGCAUACGAAAUUACGUCGAUCUCAUUCGAUGUCUGACAUCAUCGAGCGGAACAGAAACAAACCUCCACGCAAAAAAACGUUCUCCAGGAAACUCUUCAGAAGCGGUAGCAUUUCAAACAUUAUUGAAGAUAGUGUUUUUGAAGAAAAAGCCAGAAAAUUGUCAUAUGAUCACUGGAGUAUUGUUUUAAAUAAUCCUGGACAAUGGUUUUACUGUUGGCAUCCGCUGUUAGGAGUAAAUAAUAUAAUGGAAUAAAAGAAAAAAAAUUAGAGUAUAUAGAUAGGAUGUACACAUGAUUUCAAAUUAUACAAGCGUAUAUAAACAAUAAAAAUUCUUAAUACAUUUCUAAAUAUUUUUAUAUUUUUAAUUACCUAGGAGCUAAAUAAUUUUUAAUUACCUAGGGAGCUAAUUCGUUUUAUUGAAUAGUCUACAUAUAAUAUUAUUCUGCACCUUCUAUAGAAAGCCGUGUCAAUACCGACAUAUGUAUGGCAUCGCAUAAUUGCUUUCUUUUGUAAAACGUACCUCAACAUCCUAUCUACUAACUUUUCUUUUACUGUGACCAUUACGUGUGGUGUUUGCGGUUUUCAAUCUACCAAAAUCCUUUUAGCAGUUAGAUGAAAAUCUCAGUUUGUUUUCUACAAUCAAUUGUUUGCUCUCUAUGCAGUAAAUGUAUCGAUAUAUCAGAAAUUGUAAUUCGCUUUUUUUUGAGCUUGACAGAAAAAAGGGGUAAAAUUUAUACCCUCUAACACAAAAAAAUUAUAUAGGUUAUUUAAUGUCACUAUUUUGCAUUUC